AUGCAGUGCGCCGCAGAAGAAUACCAAAGUUUUCUUAGUACUGGAAUCAAAGAAUUGUUACUGAUAGAAAAGGACAAUUGCCGCGAACUAUGUCUUAGCUUUAGUGUAGAUGGUGAAACGAUAAACUGGUUAAAAGUGGAGGAGUUUUUCGAAGGAGACAUUGUGGGACACAAUCAACCUCUCCCGUACGAGUACUGCCGAUCCUUGACACCGAAGUUAAAUCACCUGCUAAAGUGCCUUCCCGCGGCUGCUUAUUCAGCGGAAAACCUUGCCUGGACCAACCGAGUGGAUUUGCUCGCGUUGGUCGAGCCCAGUUCAACGGAACAAGUGCUGAGCAACGUGCUGCUCCUGACGUCGAUCACCGAGUACGCGUUGGGCAAUGUGUUUCAAACUACCACUGGCAGUACACCUCCCCAUUUACUCCGUGAUCUGCUGAUGACCGACGCGUUAGCCGAUGUGUUUGGUGAAACGCCACUAUUUCUACUGCGACUACUUGUGGGAACACCGGAAGGCAUUAAUCUACGAAAUCUCGUAUGGCAUGGCUUCCCUCGAAAGGAGGAAAUCUGUCCGCUAUACGCUAACGUUCUGCUUCUGCUCCUAGUUGCCAAUGGAGAAACAAUAAGACGGAAAAAAGUCCGUAUCACACAUCGGACCGCUCCGGAAAACUUGGGACAGCUUGUUCAGCGUAUGAGCCUAGGUGAGCUAGAUGAAUCCCUGUUCGAAACAAUUUUGAAUGAGAAAAAUUUAGUAUGCCCCAAUUUGGCUUCAAAUUGGCAGGAAGUUCUAGACUUCUAUAGAACUGGUCGUUUUUAUCAGUGCGUUUGUUUCGCACUUCCCUUGUUAGAGAUGUGCCUGAGAAAACUUUAUGGAGUUUUGUACAAAGUUGAUUAUCGAGCUAGGAUUGAUGAGUAUUAUAUAAUAAUGGAUACCGUUUUUAGCCAACUCGAUUUGUUCGGUGCUCGAAGCAAAAUUUUCGAAUAUUUUUCUACCCCUCUGUUGGAACUUAUGUAUGAUCUCUUAACGGCUGUCAAUGGGCCUCGGCUUCGAGAUAAACUUAGCCACGGGGAAGUCGAAUUGAGACAAAUAAACCGUAGUAUAGCCAACGUAACUUUAACUUGUGCAUAUCUGCUGUUGACAGCAGAUAAAACUUUCAGUUACAGAAGCAUCUUUCAUCCAAACUCGAUUUGCCAAAGCAAAAUAUCGGAAUGUGAAGAGGCGGUUGGACGAAUCAGUACGAUUACUGUUCCAAUGAAUUUAGCCGAAACGGAUUUGAAUCCCGUGGAAGACAUUCCCUUUCUACCAAACGGCGGUGCUCAAGUUAAGGUUGUUAUAUUUUUUCGUCCUUCAAAAGAAGAAGAAAUUGUAGGAAUUUUAACGCGAAUAUGCACAGUAUUGAAGGUGGCUUCGGAGAAUCUAUGUGAAUCACUGACCGUUCGCUUAACGGCACUUGAAAACCGACAACUUCGGUCCAGGGCGAGGAACACGCUGGAAAACAUGCUGCGCAUGUACCCGACAGUGCUACGAGGGCUUGAUUUUGUGUUGAGGUUGAUUAAGUGGAUUUUUCACUGUCUCAUGAAUUCCGACGAGCUUGCUAAUGACUUGAAAAUCGUACGAUUUUUGAAGUUUAUUCUAAAAUAUACGGAAAAUGCAGCUAGCAAUCUACACAUGAAGAGCAACACAUGGCAGCCCCUGUACGAGACGACAAAACGCGAGCUGUUUGUUAAGAGUAGACAAAAUCUAGCUGAUGAUAUCAAAAUUUUCGUUUUUAAAGUUUAAAUAUGACUGUGAAAGCAUUUCGUUUGUUAGAUUAAAUAAUAUUA